AGGAACAGCGCCCCCAUCCAGCGGCAGAAGUGAAGGGUGGGAGGUGCGAUUGACAGCUACUGAAAGGAACAGCCACUGAACGUUCCAGUCCCAACAGAGGGAGGCACUUUGGAAGAGCUUGGCCCUGGAAGCCACAGUAGAGGUUGCAGUCGCCACCAGCUGCAACAGAAGCUAGCCAGCAAGUAGCAGCAAGCAAACCACCGCAGUCCUGGCUGGGAGGGACCUUGGAGCAAGCCGGCAGGCAGGAGCCAGAGGAGGAGGAGGAGGCUGGCUCGAUCCAGAUCCAGACCCAGGCAUCGUGGAAGCAAUGGAUCGGAAGAGGUGGGAGUGCUCAGCUCUCCCGCAGGGAUGGAAAAGGGAAGAAGUGACCAGGAAAUCGGGGCUCUCUGCUGGCAAGAGUGAUGUCUAUUAUUAUAGUCCAAGUGGGAAGAAAUUCCGCAGCAAACCUCAGCUGGCCCGCUACUUGGGUAACUCCAUGGACCUGAGCACGUUUGACUUCCGAACAGGGAAGAUGCUAAUGAGCAAGGUGAACAAAAACCGGCAAAGGAUGCGUUAUGACUGUUCAAGCCAAACCAAGGGUAAACCUGAUCUAAACACCACACUUCCUGUGAGGCAGACCGCUUCAAUUUUUAAGCAACCAGUCACUAAGAUCACAAAUCAUCCCAGCAAUAAAGUGAAGACUGACCCCCAAAAAGCAGUUGACCAACCUCGACAGCUCUUCUGGGAAAAGAAACUAAGUGGCUUAAAUGCCUUUGACAUUGCAGAGGAGCUGGUGAAAACAAUGGACCUUCCAAAGGGUUUGCAAGGUGUGGGACCUGGAUGUACUGAUGAGACACUCCUUUCAGCCAUUGCCAGUGCCCUGCAUACCAGCACAAUGCCCAUCACUGGACAGCUUUCUGCUGCUGUUGAGAAAAAUCCCGGGGUCUGGCUGAACACUUCUCAACCUCUCUGCAAAGCCUUCAUGGUGACUGAUGAAGACAUCAGGAAGCAAGAAGAGCUGGUUCAGCAAGUGAGGAAGAGGCUAGAGGAAGCCUUGAUGGCCGACAUGCUUGCUCACGUGGAAGAGAUAGCCAGGGAUGGUGAGACUCCUGCAGUAAAGAGUAAUGAAGAAGAGGAAGAGGAGGAGGAAGAUGGUGAUCGUGUACAGGAGAUGGAGAAUGUAUAGUCCAGGUAGCACAGUUCCACUUUAAUAACCUUUUCCCCAUCACCCAGAGGUUUGCAGUACCGUGUUGGUGUUUUUCCCAAUCCUCGAAUCAGUUUCAAAGUGUCUUUAUCCUACAUUUCUUUAUAUUUAUUGCCAAGCUCAAUAUUUGCAGUGAAGGAUAGCAUUUUUCAAGAUUUUAAGAAAAUACUUUUCCAAAAUAUUUCUUCCAUUUCUAUUUUAACUAGAAGGGACUUGAAGUGGGGAUUAAGAUGUAUUGGUAGGUUCUUGGUCCUGAAGCCAAGUUGGCUUGGCCUGUUUUUUUGAAUGGAGUGGCUCUACCCUUGACCUCUCCUGAACGUUGAAUAGCAAGUGCACAUGAACCUUCAGAACAGGAAAACAUUUCUUGAACAUAGAAAUUAUUUCACAACCCACCAUAGUCACAGGCAGCCAUUUUGAUCUUGCUGCAUGCUUGUAUGGCAAGGUCUUCUUCACCAUUAUGAUCAUGGAAUCAUAGGGCUGGAGGGGGCUUUGGAGGUCUCUAGCCCAACCACCUAUCCAAGCUAGGAAUCUUAUUACUCGCUCUCCCACCCCAUCCCCGGUACCUCUUGGAGCCAUAUCUUCCAUGCUUUGUAGCUGAUCAAGUGUCUCUUUUCCUUCAGGGUGUUUUUUCCAAGACCUAGCCUGCACUUGGUCAACACAGAGGCAAGUGCAUCUUCAGAAUGCUGUGCACUAACUGUAUCUGCGUGUGUGAACGUGUUUGGCUUCAGUUCACAAGAAGCUGAAGGGACCAAUCAGACUGAGUAGUUUGGAGAAGAAUUUGCUGAGCUCAGUUUUUUUCUUUCCUCUGCCCUCUCAUUUUUCUCUUAAAAAGUAUCACAGGGCAACAGAGGAAUCAAAAAAGUUAUUCACGAAUUGUGAACAUAAUCCCUUUGUCUCAUUUCCAGUCUAGCAGUUGAAACAGGUUUCCCAAGUCUCUUUUCUAAUAGUGUCUGUACAUGCCCUAAACAAAUUGGUUUAGCCCAGAGAUGCCAGGAAGAAAUUCUUCUUAGGUUUUCUCUACAUAUUUGAAGUCACAUAUAACAAAAUAUUUUUGGUGGCAUAGGUAAACUAUUCCACUUGUAAAAUCUUGCUGUGGUGAUCUUCAUUUUCUUAUCUGAUUGUUUAAUAUGGGUUCAUUUUAUUUGCUUAAAAAAAAACCCUCCCAUCAACAGAACGUGCCUUUCCAUAUGGACUGGGAAAUUGAUCGCCCGAAGCUAUACAAAUCCAUGUUUUGGUCAAAAUCCCCUUCUUCUGCAUGAAUAUAAUAUGACAUAGAACUAAAAUUCAUGCAGGGUUUUAUGAGCACAAACCAUUGUGGAAAGAAUAUUAAAUGAUGACAAUAAUUACCCAAUCAGAGAAAGUGUAACCAAAAGGUGCUGUGUGAGUUUUUUGCAACUAUUUGAAAGAAAGGAUUACUUAGUGCUAUUGACCUCCUCUUGUUUUAUAAUUGAAUUGGUUGCUUUUGGGGGAGGGGGGAUUCCUUUGUCUCAUAUAAUUAAAUGCUUUUCAGAAGUAGUAAUAUUAGAUUGCUAACAUAGUUGAGGAGAAGCAAAUAAAGCAGGCCAGUUGUAAAUGACACAGAAUUUGCCUUAAUGAAUUCCACCUCUGCUGGGAUUGGGUUACUAGAAACAUAAAUGAUACCAUCUUUGCUCUUGCUUGCUUCCUAAUGCAUACUGUCUCUAAAUAAACUGUCAUCAACACGAUACUAAAUUUUCAGAGCUGGAUUUUAAAUUUCAGGAUUAGAUGACAGUACUACAACUCUUUUUUUUAAAAAAGUCAGGGCUGAUGGAAACCCUCUUCUUGAAUCCUGAUUAGAUUUUAUGUAUUUUGGAAAUGUGGGGUGUAUCUUCCCUUUUUAAUUCCCAAAGUUAGAAAUAUGAUCUUGGGCCCAAUAUACAGUAGCUCUUUUCAUUUUGGAUUUGUAAACAAAAGAAAUUCAGGAUUUUGGUCCAGUAGUCUCUAUUUAAUUGUUUUCCAAUUUUUGAGUAUUGGUUGGAAUCCAUCAUGUAUAUUUCUCUUCUGCUCUUGCAUGCACAUAAGAGUUAGUCCCUGCUUGGUUUCUUUUCUUUGCUUAUUUGUGAAGCAAACCUCUUGGCAUAUAAUUCCUAGGAAAUGUCAUAAAUUAUUGCUUUAAGCUUUUUAUGCUGCAAAAUCAUGUUGCGUGCUUAAGUCGUGCUAGGAUGAAACUGCAACUAGUACGCAAUUGUAUAAAAGCCCUGUUGAAAAGGAAAUGCAGUCGGGCUGUCUUCACAGAAUCCUCAAGCCAGAUUGAUGCAUUUAUUUCCUUUUUAACCAAUGAUUUGAUAGUGUGAUGUUCAUUAACAAGAAUUUAGAAAAUUCUUCAAUUCUUUGUCUUUCAAAUACACACUCAUCACCACUGUCGCCACCUUACCACUGAUAUGUACCUUAAUUGUAACAGUAUCUUAAUGUACAGUCUUGUUGGGGAAUAUUAGUUUUGUAAUAAAAUGUUUUUCAUACAUUUAA